AUGUCGGCCGAGUACAGCUACGCUGAUGGCGAUGCCGACGCCUCCUCGCUCAUUUACCUGAGCGAGCCGCUGCCGUCCUCAGUCAAACCGCUGGGACUCUCCCUCGCCACCUCUCCGCUCACCACCACAGCGGCAACACCGGCGGCGGCGCCGUCUGCAUCGCCGUCGUUUCGCGUGCGUGCGAUGCACCUCGACGACGUCGCCGAGGACGUCAUCCUCGUCUGCGAGGACAGCAUCACCCUAUGUGUCCCGUUAACUUGGAGCGCUGCUGCAGCAGCGACAGCUGGCUUGGAAGGACCGUCGAAGUCCGAGAAAGACAGUAUCGAGGCUCCUCAUGGCGACGCCGCUCGUUUAGCCCAAGACGCAGCAUCGCCUACUGCGAUAAACUAUCGAAACUGCCCGCCGCAUGCGCGUGGUACACGUCUCUGCUUGCCUUCUCCCCACGCUCCACCAGCACCUCAGUCUUCGACGCCCACAGCCAAUGCCGAAGCGGCUGCGGCGUGCCUACGCAUGGCAAAUCCUUCACAGGUGUGGAUGUCCCCUCUCUCUGCCUCCUGCUGCACCACAGCAUCCACCAGCGGGCUCUGCCUACCGCGGCGUCUGCCCAUGCCGCCCGAAGAGCUUCGCCGCUCGGCGUCGGUGCUGAUGGCUGUGCCGCUACCGCCACCAGCGGCACUGUGGCCCUCUGCUUCUUCGGCCGACCGCCACGAGACACCAGGGCUGACAGCGGGGCCGUUGACUGUCUCUGGUUACGGCACACUCACCGCGCCUCCGCCGGUCAUGGCAGUCUACAUCAUGGAGUGCCCCGUGCUGCCUGAAGGUGUGGACUACAUAGCGGCAUCUGCGGUUCCGCUCGCGCGCCCACUCGCGAAGUUUGUAUGCUCCCCCAACACGCUGCGCUUCCGCGAAGCGUGGUAUCCGGUGCAGUUCUUCUGCUGGUGCGACAGCGACAACGCUCCGGCUGCUGCCUCGUCGACGUCAGCGGCAGCGUACGUUGACCACCACCUCCUUUGUGCCUCCUCGAUCGCUGUCGAUCUUAUACAGGUGCGCUGCCGGGCCAACCCCGCACUCGCACCUCAGCCGCCUCAGCCCCCGCAAGCGUCCAUGAAGCCCUCAGCUCUGCUCUCGUGUGGGGGUAGUGGCACGCAUGAGGACGGACACAUUGAGCGAGAGACGGUGCGCAUCCUGCCUGUUUCUCCGCUGAGUGCGGCGACAGCGGCUUCAAUGACCCCUUCAUCAUGCAUGGCGUCUUCUGCUACCACCGGCGGCGUGUGCGAUGAGGCCGCGAUGGUGUCCAUACGCGUGCUGCAGCGCUACGUCACGCGCUCGGACUGGUGCACCUACGAUGCACGAAGUCGUGUGCUGCUGAGCCUUAACCACGCUCGCCCGUCGGUGGUGAAGCCGAUCAAGGUGUAUGUGGGGCGAAAGGCGUCUUCUGUGGACAGCGAGCCGAGAGCAAAGUCCAGCAGGGCAGCUGAGGCAAGCUCUGCGCCACUGGAGCUGCGCACGUUGACCGAGUUGACAUUACCAGAGAGCCUGUGCGCUACCCUCCAUAUGGACUGCACCGGAGGACACGGCACUGCCGCCGCUUCUUUGCCGGAGCUGCUGCUGCCGCUUCUCCGGUGCCCGCAGGCGUCGCAGCAGCUCUCCUCGCUGCUGGGCGUGUUGACGAUCUAUGGGCAGUCUUUUGUAUACCAUGUGUCCUCCGGCCGCGGCACCGUGGGCGGUCGACAGGACCCGAUGAUGAGCUUGUACAUGCACGUUCCCUACAAAGAGCACGGAUGCCAACCCUUGCCCGGUAUGUCGCAGACGGAGAGGGCACUGAGCAGCGGAGUCGCCGGUGCUGGCGCGUCAGCGUCGGUCGCUGAAGCAGCGCAUAGCGACUCACUCUUGAGCCGGCUCACGGCGGCGGCAUCGUUCGCCACCGCCUCUGCGCCGCCGCCCAAGGUGUGUGGCGGCUUCUUUGUUCAUGCUGUGCGGCUGUCCUUGACUGCAGUAAUCUCGCAUCCGUCUCGCGACUUUCAAGCGUCUAUGCAAGACCUGUUGCCGGAUGCCGUAGGAGCUGACGCCCUUGGCGCGCCGUUGCCGCAGCCGCCGCGUUCAGUCCCCUUCUGUGUACAAGUGGUUGACAACCUCAUCGUGAUACACUCCCCGGACACGGCACGGUCGGCUGUGUACGACCUGGCAGAUUGCGGCGGCGGCAGCGUGUCUCGCAUGGGCGCCGCUACCGCUUCUCGUAACGUAAGGAGGAGCACGCCGGCACGGAGCCAUGUAUGGAAGGCGGUGAACUCAGACCCCGUUGGCGCGGGGGUGCGGGCGCAUAAGCCUACCACUGCCAGCGCCGCAAACAACGCCGCUGACUCAGCGCACUAUUCUUCUGAACCGGAUCCUUCGUUGGGAGCUGGAGGGGGUGCGACUUCGGCUUCGCAUGGGGUGGCAAACAGUGGCUUUGGCCGCUUCCAGUUCUCAUGGCCGCACCACCGCAGCGACAGCAGCAUCACUGACGACGUCGAUGACGCCUCAGCAGCAACGUCACGCUCACUGCUGCUACCGUCACCAACAGCGCCCCAUCCGCCAACUGCCGCCUCUAGCGCUGCGCAGGCCGCCACCGCCGACUCACUCGCGGGUGAGCACCAGCAGCAGCGUGACCGUUCGCAUCGUAGGAAAGUGGGAUUGGAGCACCAAGCUCCAUCGGCCGACUUCAGAUCUAUGCUGUCCGUGUUGAGCAGCUCAAUGCUGGCGAUGAGCGCGUCGGAUCCUACCACCACCGCUGCCGCUGCCGCAUCUGCCGUACCGUUGAUGUAUCCGCUGUACUGCUGCGGUGCCGCUGCAGCAGUGGAGGGUUCUGAGGAGGGAGGCGCAGGCAGCAGUGGAGAUGCACCGAGGGCCAGUGAGCCGAUCGUCUACAGCGACUAUCAGUGGCUGGGGGGCCCGCGGCUACCACUGGUGAUGAAGGCAUCGGACGGAACGCUGCGCGUGUGCCGUGUAGACGCCGCGCGGGUGGCGGUGUGGCGUCUGCUUGUGGACUUCAGCCGCGAGAGCAACCACGCCGGCCAGGAUCCUUCCUCGCUGCAGCAGGAGCAAGGCCUCGAUGUAAACGCCUUGAAUGGCGAAGCAGCGGCUGGGCUUGUCCGCUCCUAUGUGAGCUUCCUGUGUCGGCGCCAUCAAGUGUUUCCGGCUCGCUCGGCCAACGGCCGCAGCACCAGCAGCACGCACGCUCUUGUCGGCCUUCUAGGUGAGCUCACCGGCCAGGCAGUGGGGCUGGAGGGCGAUGAUGGCGACUGCAACGGUGUUGGAGUGUCCCAGACGGACCCAGCUGAGUACUCAAAGGUGGAUGCGUUGCGACAUCUUCUGUGCAUGGCCACAACAUCGACACCGGUCGUCGCAGGCAAGCAGUUGUACGCUCUAUGGACGUGCAUGCUGGAGAACCUCACGCUCGAAACCGCGUUUUCCGCCCGCUGCGUCGCGGUGGAGCGAGAGCGCUCUUUGGCCCUCGCAGGAGGGGUUGGCGGCGCGGAUGUUGCGCGUGCAGCCAGCUCUGAGGCAUCUGGUGGGCUCCUCAUCAGCUCCGCCGAGCUGCAGCAGCUCAUUUUACAGAAGGUGUUUGCUCCUACUUGGGCAGCCCUUCAAUCAUCUUUACCAUGCCACCCCCAGCAGCAGCAACAGCCGCAGAGGCGGCGCCAACUCGAAGGACUCCUCUGCGAUUAUGUGCGGCUCCUGCACAGCGCCGCCAUUCCAGUGGAGCCGCCACUCCAGCACUUGCUUCUCGAGAUCGUUCUUUGCGACGUGGGCGACACUCUAGCGAGUCCGUUUGUGUCUUCCCAAUCGCCAUCCGUCUGUAGCGCUGCACGUCGUGUGCAGGAGCUGCUGCGACAAGGGGUACUGGAGCGAAACGAGGCCACGGCGCGCUGGCUUCUGGAUUGGUGGACCGCAUAUCAAGAAGUGAGCGCAUCAGUGCGGCGCAGCGACGCAGCUGACGCGCGUGCGCGUCGCCUCAACGCGGGCGAGCCCUCAGCGGAGCGCCGCGCUGAGUCGUCCGGUGCAGCGGCCUCUGCUCCCACAUCCCUGACUGCGGCGACGCCAAUGGCGCAGCAAAGCGCGGAUGUGUCGUUCUCUCCCUUCUGCCCCGGUGACGACGCGGAGGAGACGGAGAUUCUGUUUGAGGAGGCGGUGCGUCUUCUGGAGGCGCGCGGCUUCUUACUGGAGGUCGCGGAGGCGUACAUCUGCCGUUCCCACUUCACCGCUGCCGCAGCGGUGCUGCAGCGGGUUCCACAGCAGAGUAAGCUCGCUGAGGUGCCAGUGGUUGCACCAUCGCCGGCGCUGUCGCACCGUCGGCAGACACGCGUGCUGUCAUGGGACUCCCUGGCCCUCUCCGUGCUGGAUGGCGCGUGGCGGUGUGUGCGUUGGGCGGAAGAGGCGCUCUUCUCCAACGCCGGUGGCGCCCCCGUCGCAUCUCAGCACCAGCUUGCCGCAGCUGAUUUCGCCUCGAACCCACUGCGGUCUUGGCGGAUGCGCUCGCUGGAGCGACAAGUUCAAGCCGCGCAUCGCGUGUACGUCACCGUGGCAAAGAGGCUGCUGGUUAAGCCGACGGCCCGCGCGUUGUUGCCUUCACGAGCAAUGGAGGCCGCGGAUUCCGGCCAGGGCUCGCUCGCUGCGCCCACUUCGCCUAAUGUCGACGGUCGGUUCCACGUGCACGAGGUACGCCACGAGCAACUGCUUCGCCAGAUGGAGCAGGGCUGGCACGAGCUAAAGCAGCGAGGCGGAGCAUGA